UCAGCAGUCAGCUGGAACUACAUGAUGUCCUCGGCUUGCAGAUGCUGCUGUGGUUUCUAUGCCAUAGCAAUAGGGGAGUGUCUUCUUUUGUGGAGACACGCUUCUUAUUGGACAACACACUCCCCUGGUUACCAGCACAAACUCCACAACAGAAGAGAAAGACGCAUGAGAGAGACCGAAAGGUUUGGCACAACACACAGGCAGUUGGAUGUCAGGAUUCAGCCCAGUCGGUCAUUAAAAGACAUGCCAUGGACUGGACUGCCAAAAGCCAAUCCCAUCGCCCGCCUAUGGAUGGAGAGGAGGGUCACAAGCCGUCAUUCGCAGCCGAGCAGAUUCUGGAUGAAUAUUUAAUCACGCUGCAGCACAAAAACAGGGUAUUGAGGAGACUGAGGGCCAAAGACUCCAAGCAGAUUGAGCUGGAGCGUCUGGAGCAGGGCUUCUCCAUCUACAUCAACGGAGCCAACGCGGACCGAACAGGAGACCAGGGGCAGCACAGCAGCAGCAGAGGGCCCCCUCCCCCUGCCCCUUCGCACCCCCCUAGGAGGUCGCCUCACGCAGCUGUAGCCUCUUCUCUGGCCACACGCAGGAGUACACACACAGCAGAAGCCUUGAGGUGCAGCGAUAGAGACAAAGAGCAGAAGAGAAGCCACACAGCACCAGGCAAAGUGCAGAGGAAAGAAUGGGUGCAGAGCUCGGUCCACAUCCGGACAGAGGAAGGAACCAGCCUGAAGCUGCAGCCAGAGCCGCGCUACUCUGCUGACUUCGAACCCUAUGAGAGCAUCAGCAUGGAGAGUUCUGGUGAUGGCGCUAAAGUGUCUAAGGUGUUGGCGAGCAAAUCUGAGUCGUGCUUGACACAAGCUGAAGCGGAGCACAGCGACCGCGUCCUGCUCAACAUGGAGCAAGUCAAGGUCCUGCGGCGGAGUCUGGAGCUGAGUGUUCGUCGUCGUGGCAGCAGCAGUCGAGGGUCAGCGGGGGAGGAGUCAGAGGAGGAGUGGGUGGAGGAGCAGAUCGAGAUGGAGGAGGAGACGCAGCAGAGCAGAGGGAGCCUGGAGGAGCUCGGCCUAUCAGCAUCCUCCUCUUCAUCCUCAUCCUCCAAUCACAAGCGCAACACCAGCAGCCAGCCAAUCAACAGUCAGCUGCGGCCUGAUGACCUCAUCGUGCUGGACUUUGGUCCCUCCCCUCCGGGUCGUAAAGUGGAGCGCUCCCUGUCGGCGAAGAGGAAGGAGAACGUGGAGACGUACAUUCCCACCAAGCCGCUGCUGGUGAAGAAACCUCACGACAGGCCUGCCUCAAGAGCCAGCACCGCCUCAUCUCGUCCUGGCAGUCGCCUGGAGCGCCCCCUAUCUGCCGCUCGUAAGCCACUGCAGGAGAACCGCGACUCGGAGGAGAUGGUGAGUCGUGUCUUUCAGGCCCUGCAGAAGGAGAACACCCCUCUGGCCAAACACAGCACCCAGCCCCCUGACUCCCCCAAGACACACAUCCAACCCCCAGACUCCCCCAAGGCACACACCCUCUCACCGGACCGUAGGCAGCGCACGCCGGAGCAGAGGAGCAGGAGGAGGUCUCCUGCACACACGCGAGAGCCUUCGCCCAAAUCACCCCUGCUCUCCCCCGUCACUCCCCGGUCGCCCGGCACCACCCCUGCUGUGACCAGAGCUCACUCCCAGACGGCCGGGACGAGGACGCCCAGUCCACAGCUGGCAGAGAACAAACUCUUCAGCAGGAGUCCUGUCAAGGGUCAUGUGUCGAGCAGAUUGGGUGGCGCCGGGGAUGAGGAUGAGGAGGGGGGUGAAGACGAAGCCAGCCGAGUGGCCCGAGCCAUGCAGAGGAUAACGCUGAUGGGACCCAGUCAACAGAAGAAGCUGCUGAAAGCUCUGGAGCGCAUCGAGUCUGAGUCUCAGCUGGAGUUCCAACCCCCUCUCAUGAGUCCAAGCACCCUGAGCAGCAGUCCAAAGAACCAGGCGUCAUCAGGUCCCGAGGUGCCGUCCACUCUGUACGUGACCAUGGAGAUCCUGUCCAACUGGGGGAACCCCUGGCACGUGGGCCUCACCGAGAUGCAGUUCUUCGGCGGAAAGAACCGGAAGAUCUACGUGUCGCCCCACGACCUGGAUAUCCGCAACGCACAAGAGCCGGGGAACCUGGGAGCACUGGUGAACGGGAAGACCAAGACUACCAAGGAGAGGAACAUGUGGUUGUGUGCGUUGUCUCCGCCGGUGCAGCUCUACUUCAUCCUGAGGAACACGGAGCGCACCCCACACUUCUCACUCACACACAUCAAGAUCUGGAACUACAACAAGAGCCUCAACGAUCUAGAUAUCGGCGCUCGUCAUGUGAAGCUGUACGUCAACAGCACGCUGGUGUUUGAGGGCGAGGUCCUGAAGGGAUGCGGCAACUCUGUCUUUGACUACAGCACCGCCGUGGACCUGCGAGAACUCCAUCUCCCAGAGUGCAACACUCCCAGCCCCGUCACUUCCUCCCACAGCCUGAGGGGCUGCAGCCCGCCCCCGUCACACAAUGAUGAUGACACCCCGUCCAGAGAGGAGCAGGAAGUCAGCAGCCUUUACAACCACGCCAAAGAGCCGAUAGAGGCCAGCAAGCAGCAGGCAACGCCAGCUCAUCCCCCCAGAACAACAACAACAACAGCAGCAGCAGCAGCAGCAGCAGCAGCAGCAUCAUCAGUGAUGCAGAAGGACUCUCUGGACUUGGACUCCCACCCUCUGGAGCCGACCUCCCCCUCCCCUUCCCCUACGCCGAGCAGCCAGACCACGGAGACCAGCGGCAGGCCGCGCACAAUCACCACGGUGACCACACAGCCCUCCGGCCGCACGCCCGACUGGCUCAACCCCAGUGGCAGCAGCAGGAUGAUGGCCGCCAGCGAAGUCUCCGAGCUGGCGUCGGAGCGGGAGAGGGAACGGGAGAGGGAGAGAGAUCGGGAGAGGCCGUCGUGGUUGGUGCCAUCGGAGCCCAAGGGCUCGUCAUUGUUGUCGUCGUCCUCGUCAUCCUCGGUUCUGCCGGAGCUGGCGUGCCACCCAGGCCGGGUGUGCCAGGGGGCCGUCCAGAGGCCCGCUCAUGCUCACACUCACGGCCGCCCGCAGAGACGCACCAGCUCUGAGUUCAGCGCAGACUCCCUGGAUCUGGACUCCGAGCUGGCCUUGGACAUCCGGCCCUCGGACAGGGAGCGGGACAGAGACAGGGGGGACAGGGAGUGGGACAGAGACCGAGGGGACAGGGGCGACAGAGAGAGGGGUCGUGGGGACCGGGAGAGGGAUCUGGGCUCGGACCUACUGGAGGAUUUCUGCGAGCGAGCGGAGAGGCCGGUCAGCGGGAGGAGAGGGUCGACACGUGGCGGCACCAGGUCCACAAUCGGCCACAAUGCAGACCUGGCACCCAGCACCAGCAGCUCAGGGCUGGGUCCAUCGGUCACAGGCUCCAGUCGGCGUCAGCGGCCCCCGUGGCACAGCGAGCAGGAGGACUCGCUCAUGGAGUCCUGGGACUCGCUCACCAAGUUCAACCAGAGCCAGCGCGGCCGCAUCUCCAACAUGGCGUACGAGGGCGACAUCUUCGACGAGUUCCUACAGCGCCAGAACCCAGCAGCACCAGCAGCAAACGCAGCACCACCACCAUCCAGCCGCCGGCCCUCGGCCACCCUCAGCCCCCCGCCUGUCACCCCGACGCCAGACAACGAGCUAGAGGACGAGCCCCGUGACGACCUGCGCGACGAGGAGGACUUUGAGAUCCCGGUGCUGCCGCAGGGCCAGACGCUGGUCAUCAGCAUCCUGUCCACCUGGGGCGACCGCCACUACGUGGGCCUCAACGGCCUGGAGGUCUUCAGCGCCACCGGCGAGCCCGUCAGGCCGGCGCGGAUCAGCGCCAACCCGCCCGACAUCAACGUGCUGCCAGCGUACGGCAAGGACCCGCGCGUGGUGGCCAACCUGAUCGACGGGGUGAACCGCACGCAGGACUGCAUGCACCUGUGGCUGGCUCCCUUCACGCCGGGCCGGCGCCACGUCAUCGAGCUGGAGCUGGGCCGCCCGCACCGCCUGGCCAUGGUGCGCGUCUGGAACUACAACAAGUCGCGCAUCCACUCCUUCAGGGGGGCGCGCGAGGUGGAGAUGAGCCUGGACGGGAAGUGCAUCUUCAGGGGAGAGAUCGCCAAGGCCUCGGGCACCCUGUCUGGAGGACUGGACCAGUUUGGCGACACCAUCCUGUUCACCACGGACGACGCCAUCUUGGAGGCCAUGUCCCGCUUCGAUGAGACCUUCGUGGACGGAGCGGAGGAGGCAGGGCCAGGGGUGGUGGAGGAGGAGCUACAGAGGCCGCGCACCGCUGACGGGGAGGGGGAGGAGAGACCAUUCACACAGGCUGGAUUUAGGGAGGACGAGCAGCCGCUGGACCUGACAGUGAGCCCGCGCUCUGAGAGCAGUCCGGACAUCCAGCACGCUCCAGGGGUCUACACAGGGAAAGUGCUAAAGCUGAGCCUGGUGGAGACGUGGGGUGAUGUGCACUACCUGGGCCUGACGGGGCUGGAGGUGGUGGGGCAGGAGGGCCAGAGCAUCCCCCUGGAGCUCAGCAUGCUGGACGCCUCCCCGCGAGACCUCAACACGCUGCCCGGACACAACAACGACCUCCGCACACUCGACAAGUUGAUUGACGGCCAGAACAUCACUAUGGAUGAUGAGCACAUGUGGCUGGUCCCCUUCAGCCCUGAUGCCCAGCACUGGAUGACCAUCACGCUACCCGAGCCCCACACGCUGACCGGCCUGAGGGUGUGGAACUACAACAAGUCGCCAGAAGACACCUACAGAGGGGUGAAGGUGAUGCAUGUGUGUGUGGACGACGUGUUGAUCUCUCCACCUGAAGGCUUUCUGGUGAGGAAGGGGCCGGGCCACUGCCACUUCGACUUCGCCCAGGAGAUCCUCUUCAUAGACUACCUGCAGAGCACAGACAACAGCACGCAGACGCACAGUGGGGCUCUUUGCCAGAGGGAAGAGGCCAGUAUGGACUAUGAAGCACCUCUCAUGCCCUGUGGAUUCAUCUUCCAGCUGCAGCUGCUGACCAGCUGGGGUGACCCCUACUACAUCGGCCUCAACGGCAUCGAGCUCUACGACCACAACGACCACAAGAUCCCCCUCAGCGACAACAACAUUGCUGCGUUUCCAGACAGUGUGAACGUGCUGGACAGCGUGAGUGGAGAUGUGCGCACGCCGGAUAAACUGGUGGACGGAGUAAACAACACACACGAUGGCCGUCACAUGUGGCUCGCUCCCGUGCUGCCGGGACUGGUGAACCGGGUGUAUGUGAUUUUUGAUCAGCCCAUGACCGUGUCCAUGAUCAAGCUGUGGAACUACUCCAAGACACCGCAGAGAGGAGUCAAGGAGUUUGGGCUGCUGGUGGAUGACCUGUUGGUGUAUAACGGCAUCCUGGACAGUGUGAGCCUGGUGAGGGGCAUCCUGCCCACCUGCGACCCCGUAGUGCCAUACCACACCAUCCUCUUCACCAACAACACCCACAUCGCCCAGCGGGAGAAGAACACCAUCAUCAGCAACCAUGUGGAGGACCAGGAUGUGAAGAUGACCAAUGAGAAUCAGAUCGUCCACCAGCACAGGCGAAAGCAGACCGCCGACCCAGCCCUUCGUCCUAAAACCUGCAUGACAGACACCGGAAAGUUGGGGAAGAGGAGAUACUGAGGAAGCGGAGGGCUGCCAGUGGAGAAGCUCGUCGGGAUGGAGCUGUCAAGAGCUCACUGGGCCGUGUGUUAAGUAGACGAUACGCUCACUGGGGCUGGAGCACAUACCCACCAGCCUGGUACUCACUGGGGCUGGAGCACAUACCCACUAGCCUGGUACUCACUGGGGCUGGAGCACAUACCCACCAGCCUGGUACUCACUGGGGCUGGAGCACAUACCCACUAGCCUGGUACUCACUGGGGCUGGAGCACAUACCCACUAGCCUGGCACUCACUGGCUACGCCCACCCCUGGACUCAGUGAUGGGCAAAAUGAAUGAAUUAGUUACAAUCCAGUGCCCCAUAUUCCAAAUGACCUUGUUUUUACCUGUCCAAUUCAACCAGGUGAUCAUUCAACCAGCCAAUCACCUGCCUGAAUUGGACAGGUAAGACCAAGUCAUUGGGCAUUUGUGGCACUGGAUUGUAACUAAUGUGUCCAUGUUGCCCAUCACUGACUGUCCCCAUACAAAUACACUAACUGCUGUGCCUUUUAGGAAACAGCCAGUCACAAGGUAUUGGUAGCCACUAAAACACAUCUAGAGUUCGUACUCGGCGGGGUUAGCCCUUGUUUUUGUCACAAGGAGAAAUCUCGGCACAAGGGCAUGUUUUUGAGUGACAAAUUGCACAUUCAGGGACCCUUUGCCUACGCUCAUCAUCUCCCGAUGGUGUCAAACACACCUUGCUAAGUGUUUGAAGUGGGCCAGAUUUUUGUACCCUCUCACACUUCUCUCUGUAAUGCUGCUGUAGGUACACAGUAGAUACAAGACAUGUGUAUUUCACAUGUGUGUAUAUACUUAUAUAUGCUUAACUUGUGGUUCAGGUAAUUUUGCUAAGAUUGUGUUGUUAUAUUUAUAUUUCCCCUCUCCCCAGAGCAGGGGUGCGUUUCUAAACAACAUAGUUGAUAACUAAGUUAGCAACUUACUUGGUUGCAAUGCAAUUUCCUAUUGGAAACCUAGUAAGUUGCUAACUGGUUAGCAAUAAUGCUUUUGAGAAACGGGGCCCAGGAAAGCUUUCGUAUACAAGUGCCCUUCUCUGCAUUGUACAUCUGUGUGCUUGUCCUUUUAUCAAAAGACAAUAUUUGGGUUUGAAACACAUCUAUUUGCCAGCUUUUCCCUUGUAAAUGUGAACUAACUUGCCUAUUGAAUAGUGCACUUAUUGCCAAUUUAAACAUGCUGAUAGGAGCACACAGAGGGACAAUGUGCAGAGUGUGUUGCACAGUGUGGCAUUUGUGGCACAGCCCUACUUAGUUUUGCUAAGUGAAACGAUGGUAGGAAAGUCUUUUUGUACAUACACUACAUACCGUACAUAUGAUAUGCAAGCACUGGAUAUACCUCAAGAGUUCAUUCAAAGCUUACGUGACCGUUCAUUGCAAAACCUUAGCUGUAUUUCUGUGAUGUUUGGUUUCAAACAAAAAGGGACCAUUUUUGCGUACUUGUAUGCGUGUUGUUUGAGCAAAAAAUGUUUGGUUUGUGUACAUUAACGUGGCAUCUAUUGUUUCCCUACUGGAAAUAUAUUGACAUUCAAAGUAUUGUGACUUUUUCUUUUGGAGGGAAAUGCUUUCUUCAGCCAGAGCUGAAACUUCUCACUAAGCAACCCGUCAAAUAUUUGCUGUUCAUAUAUGAUGUAUAUUUGUCUCUUUUUUUUUAAAAGAAAAAAUCUUUAAAUAAUGAUCAAUGUAAUGCAGUCAUUACAUAAUAAAUUUGAACUUAAUAUA